UCAACCAGCAGGUUUCGCUGAGAAAAUUGUGGUAAAAAGUCACUUCUUACCGGAGAUCAGCUGAGCUUGCCCGUCCAUAAAGCUGCCGUCGACUUUGCUGAGACAUUGGCGUCAAGACACCCGUGGACAAACCCCUCUGACUAUCAGGAUGAAACUGUGGGGGAGGACAGGUCGGCCUUUGCAGGUGGCCUACGUCGUUGCCUUGGCGAUGCUCUGCGUUGACCCCGUGUCUGCUGGCAACCGCAGCCAUCGGGGAUCGACAGUCUCCUACCAGGUGAAGCAGGGGACAUGUGAGGUCGUGGCUAUCCAUCGCUGCUGUAAUAAGAAUAAGAUUGAGGAGCGUUCCCAAACUGUCAAGUGUUCCUGUUUCCCCGGGCAGGUCGCUGGCACCACCAGAGCUAGACCCUCAUGUGUGGAAGCCUCCAUUGUAAUCCAGAAAUGGUGGUGCCAGAUGCAUCCAUGUAUGGACGGAGAAGAAUGUAAGGUCUUGCCUGACUUGACCGGCUGGUCCUGCAGCACCGGCAAUAAAGUCAAAACUACAAAGCAGGUGACGUCGCUCUUCUCGCAUUGUGGUGACACGAUAACAAAAGCGCUACUUGACCAAGAGGAACCAUGGAAUUUUCCAAGCGGAAUGACAAAUUUACUGUACAAUGGAAGAAAAUAUGAUCACACACCAAGACAAAAUGCAUCCUCUGUAGAUGACGUGCUUGCGGCUAUGGUGAGGAGACCACAACUUCGGAACACCCAGGGUACAAGUGAAAUGGAUUAAGAUUCUUAUUUUGAAGCCCUGGACAAAGUGUGGAUUGAUCGGGACGUCAAUUCUUAAGCAUUUUCAAAGUAUAUCUCUCAGCAACGCAUUGGUGGAUGAGUGCGACGUGCAACACAAGAUAUACGUAGACACACAUUCUGUCCUUUUGUUAACAUUUAGAGCCUCUAUACUGGAAAAAAGAGAUAUCAGCUCAUAGCAAAUUAGCAUCGAACUGCUCUUGUGGGUCAAGUCACCGCCGCAAAGACUGUUUUGUGCGAGUCAAUUUGCAGUUCUAAUUAGGAAUUGCAGUGUACUCUAGGACCAUAACAACAUAUUAAAAAUUAAUGUAUGAUAUUUGCACUAGUUGGAAUCUUUCGGGAAUGUUUUUGUUUUUUCCGCAGCAUCACUCCGUGGAGGUCAUAGAGAAUUUAAAAAGUGCAACUUCUUGUAAAAACCUGACAUUUAAAGAGUAGAUAAAUAUACGAGUAAAUGAUGUCUCGCCAGGUUGAAAAUGUGUCAUCAGUUAAAUUGCUGCAAUAUAAACUAGCAAAGUGGGAUCAUCCCAUCUUUUUUUUUUUUGUGUAGUUCUGUGACAUCUCGAAUGCCCUCUGUUGAAAAGGAGACUCAUAAAAGGUUGAUAUUGUAAAUGAGGUGCAGUUGUCUUUAUUAGUAACACCUGCUGUUUCCUCUCCGGACGUCUCAAGCUUGUAAUGUGCAAAACAACUUUACAGAAUGAGGGUCAUUUGGAAGUACCUUUACGAGGAGUUGGAGGUGUUUGUGAUUUCCCCCCUGGAAGCCUUUCUGCAUCAAUAUUUCAGUGAGAUAUGGUGAAAUAAUUGCGACAGAUAAUGGCAGUUCGACCCUUUCCCCCCCUCACAGGAUGAUUGUGUCAGUGCUGCUGCAACCCCAAACAACCAUCUUAGAUCCGUCUAUUAAUUCUCUCCAUCCCGCCUCGGCUUUUAUA